AUGUCUGCCGCCAAAGCCCCCCCGAAGGAGAAAGAGCCCCCCAACGAGGUCCACCAGAACGCGAUUUUGUGCGAGUCGAUCCGCAAGGAGGAGCGAAAUCUGCGCCUCUACACCGAGUUCAGCAUCAACCCCUACCGGAAGCUUUACGCCAUCGCCGACAAACCGAACGCUCCCUGCAACAGCCAGAGCUACGAGGAUGCCGCCUUCACCGCGGCGUUUCGCCGAGCGGCGCAGGGACCGCGGGAGAAGUUCACCUUCCCGCAGACGGAGGCGCAAGAAGUGGGGUGGAACAACACUCCCCUGAUCGACACGGACCGCACGGACCGCAGGCUGAACUUUCCCCGCCAGGGCUCAGAGAUCACGACCUACAUGGAGGCGGCGUGGCGACUCAAGGAGCAGACCCAGAACCUCAAGUGACGGAGCCUCGUCCACCCACCAGCUCCCUGUUCACUCGUGGGAGAAUCGUCCGUCCAUGUUCAUCCGUGCGCAAGAAGUCUCGCUCACCCUUACUCUCAACCAGUGUCAGCGGUGUGUGCACUUGGUGGUCUCAGAGGCAAGAUAGGUGCUCGCCCAACCCAUCCGCAACCCCCCCUCCCCAUUAAUUGUUGAGCUAGGGCGCAGCCUCUUCCUCCGUCGCCUGAAAAGCGGUUCUCAUUCGUAAAGUGACCCAGUCAAUGCGUUGCUUCAUCCCACAUGCCCAGGAAUCCAACUCUUGUUUUGCUGAUUUGCUGACGUGUCUGUCGGUCAUCCCUGCGUUCCUAGCACGAGACCCCCCAACAUGUUGCGCGGGGAUGAGCGAUGGAUUAAACAUCGGCAACGAUCACCUCUACGAAGUUGCAAGUUCUGUGAGAGAGUGCGACCUGACCUGGACAGUGCGGACGAUGUGUAACGGAUCGAUUUGAUUGGUUGUCCUUUAUAGAAUGAUAUUGGUUAACACUUUGCGUUGGUAUCAUUGUACUGUGAUUAAUAAUAUCAACUUGUAACGUGCACAGUAUGUUGAACUUCUUUCGCACCGUACGUAGCCAACCGUGCUAAUCGAAGGUGCGAGGGAAGGACAACAAACUAAACACAAAAAGCAGUUCUAAACACAUUAGUUCGUCAAUAUAGAUGAUUUAAAAGUGCAUAGCUCCUGUGGCUUCCUAAUAUCGGACGGAAGAGCGUUCCAGACGGCCGCAGAAGUGCAUCUGAAAGCGCCGCGCUAUGCAGUGAGCGCCGUCUUUGUUCGAUGGCCAGCGAGGAUACACAAACAUGCGGGAAGGCAGCCACGCGGUGAGUCAUUGCUGAAUUUCUUCCCGAGCUCUGUGGACCUCUAUCUAUUAAGCUGCUAUCAUCAGCCAAUUAAUGAGUUCAUACGGUGCCAGGAAAACUGAGCAUCUGGAUAAAACCCACGCAUUACGAGGUGGGGGGGGGGGGGGACACACA